GUAAGCGCCCUGUGCAGUUCGGUUGCUAGGCACUUGCAAGAUAUGAAGCACAAUUGGCCACGAUGAUCGAGUUUGGUUCCGCCUUCUUUCGGAAAGUCUGUCUGAGAAUCAGAGAGGGAAUGAUGAUGGUUGCGAUGCUAAAUUUGGCACUAUAUGUGGGGUUCUAACCAAGCACAGCACCCCAAUACCACCCACCAAUCCCCCCGCCUCGGCCUCCCGUUGCCGAGGGAUGGAGAAGUUCAACAUCUCCAACCAUCGUAUGACCUAGAUGUUAACGACUUUGAAGUUCGGAAGUAAAGUUAAAAAAGGACUGGACUUUUACCAACGCCUGCUGUAUGGGCUCGUGGAGGAUCAUCAUGCGUCCCCUGUUCGCGGCUCGAUCACACAUCGCAACCUUGAGGCCCACAGCCCAAGUUGCUCCAAAUGUGUUGUGUCGUCUCCAAAGCUCCCAUGCUGCUAGUUUUGCGACAACAGCGAGGCGGUCCCGAGGCCCCAUCGAGAAGCUCGAGAUCGUGAAUGGCGGCAUCGCUAUCAAACCAGCCGCCGGAACAAUCGCCAAGCGCCAUGUGCUCCCAGGUUUAUGGCUACGAGACAAUUGCCGAUGUUCAUCUUGUGUGAAUCAGGACACAAUGCAGCGGAAUUUCAACACCUUUGAUAUACCACGCAACAUCCGGCCGGAAAAAGUCGAGCCGACCGAGGUCGGAAUUGGCGUCACUUGGGCUGAUGGCCACCGGAGCGAGUAUCCCUGGAGUUUCCUCCAGUUUUACCAGAACUCGAAUCACCGGGAACCGGAGCCGCUUCAGCGGCACUACUGGGGUGCCGAGGCUUCGGAUAAGCCUCCCACGGUGGCAUAUGACAAAGUCAUGUUGCCAGACGACUCGGGGGUGGCGGAGCUGACUGCUAAGAUUAAAGAGCAUGGGUUUGCCUUCGUCGAGGGCACCCCAUACGACGACCCAGAAGACACGCGAGUGCUUCUUGAACGCAUUGCCUUCAUCAGGCUGACCCAUUACGGGGGAUUCUACGACUUCACCCCUAAUCUAGCAAUGGCAGACACGGCUUACACAAACAUUGCACUUCCUGCCCACACAGAUACGACUUAUUUCACCGAUCCAGCAGGCUUGCAGUCCUUUCACCUCCUAUCGCACCAAAAUGCGCCGGGAGUAUCAUCGGACGAUGCGGCCGCUGGGGGGAAGUCUCUGCUCGUCGACGGAUUCAACGCUGCCAGGAUUUUGAAGACGCAAGACCCCAAGUCAUACGACAUUCUCAGCAAAGUUCGUCUUCCCUGGCAUGCGAGUGGCAACGAGGGGAUCACAAUAGCCCCUGAUAAGCGUUACCCCGUAUUGGAACUCGACCAAGAAACCGGGGAGCUGCACCGAGUGCGGUGGAACAACGAUGAUCGAGGCGUGGUACCCUUUACAGAGGAGUACUCACCGGAUAAGUGGUACGAUGCUGCACGCAAGUGGGAUUCUAUCCUAAGAAGAAAGGAUGUCGAGUGCUGGGUCCAGCUCGAGCCCGGCAAGCCUCUGAUCUUUGACAACUGGAGAGUGCUCCAUGGCCGAAGUGCCUUCUCUGGCAUCAGGAGGAUCUGCGGGGCUUAUAUUACCAGAGACGACUAUAUAUCAAGGUGGAGGAACACUAACUUCCCACGGUCGGAUAUCCUGGAGAGGAUCAUUGGUUAGCUCCAUACGUUUCGCACAUGGCAUAUGAAGUCAGACAGCUAUAAUAUCGGUAGCAAUAAUAUCGGCGACGCCGGUAUCUAGGUACCUAGGUACCUAGGUUGGGUCGAGACAUCUUGCAGCUCCUCUAGGCAUGUUCAUAGGCCCUCCUUCCGUGUGUGGCUCGCUGCAUUCGUCGUCGCUUCCCGUCGGGGUUUCUGUUGUCAGCUGCAAUGCAAUGCCAAUAUGUGCAGUGUGCCCCUCAUUUGCCCCGCCAUGUCAGCUCACCAUUUGGACCCCUUCUAUCCUUCC